AUGGCUUCUGCGCCACCCAAACACACCUUUGCUGAAGACUUAGGCACUGAGGUCACCCACAUCUAUGUUGGUCCGGAGCGCACUCACUAUGUCGUUCAUAAGAAGCUGCUCGUAUCGCAGUCAGACUACUUUGACAAGGCUUUGAACGGAGGCUUCAAGGAGGCCGAAGAAAACUCGAUCCACCUGAAGGAGGAUGACCCCGCAGCUGUCGCUCUUCUGGUGGCAUUCCUGUAUCGUGGAGUAAUUCCUGGAACCGGCACCAAGGGCAGCCUUUUCAUCAAGCCCACGGCCCAAUCUUCAAUUCCCAAGGUCGAUGUUCCUAAAGCAGAACUCAUCAAUGGCACUCACUACCCUUUCACUGCCGCCCAAACCACCGAUGGUCAUGUCUUCCAACAUAUCUGUUUCCAGCAGCACCCGCAGUACAAUAUGUUCUCACAGGAGGAACUUCGCGUGGCCGACUACAAGCUAAAUAGUAACUACCGAAGUAUGUUCGCCAAUGCUAACUUAGCACCAGGAGCAUACAACCGUCAUGCCAGCCAUGGGGCGCCGGUUCAUGGUGUUGUUACUUCGACCACCACUCACCAGCUACCACGUGCGGGUUUAUUUGGUCCGAUAUCGAGUGCUGGUGUUAAUCCUUCUGCCGUUCGGAACCCCCCACCGUCACUGGGCAUAGGUUCAAUGGGUGGACAGCCACAGAGUACUGGUACUUUAUUUGGACCUGUCGGACCACGAGAGGGCACCACUCCACACAUUGAUAAUGUAGCCACUCGACUUCGUGUUGCAUUGGCAUCAGCACAGCGCACUGACGGCCAUACUGUCAACCAGGGAGGUCAAGCAAACACUACACCCCCGUCAGACAGUCUUGCUCGUCUUAAUCUUGGAGACACCCAGAUCGCCAACCCUCCCUUAUUCGGCCCAAACAGAACCUACGAUCUCAAUAAUCCCGCAACUGUAGUAGCUGCAACACGUGAAUCACGCGUAGACUUCUCCAGCGCAUCGGAAGAGCAGAGCCUACAGCCCGGCGGUUUCGGCUCGGUACGCAGCAUCAAAUAUCCAACACCUGCCGGUCAAUUCCUCAAAGGUAUCCCUCGAUCCCAGCCUUUGGACAGCACGCUUCCCGCUGCAGAAGAGCACCAACUCGCACUCCUCCGCCUCUGCCUCCUAGCCGAGAAGAUCCUCUGGCGCGCACUCUUCGACGCCGCAAUCGAAAACUACAUCCGCGGUGACCUUGCGCUUCUUCGGCCCAUCCCCUUCGAGCACGUGGACUUGAUCUACGACCGAUCGUUCCAGGAAUCUACCUUGCGAAGAUAUGUACUCGAGAACAUGUGCGCGAACCCUGAGCAGGACACCUCAGUCUACAUACCGUUAGCCAAGAAGUACGACGACUUCAUGGAAGAUAUCAUGAACAGUCUGCCUGGCCUGCGCGCUGAGAAACCACUGGUUUGGGACGACGAGACUAUUCGAGGCUUCUACAUGGAUUGCAAUGAUUCCAAGGAGUCUGAUGAUAAGGAUCGAGUCUUUCCUGAUGAUGAGGACUCGGACUUAGACGUCUCCGAAGGAAUAAAUUAGCAUUCUGGAGGAUGUGAUGUACUAGGUACUGAUAUCAUCUGGGAAAUCACAACACCACCAGUGCGGGGGAUUUGAACACGGUUUGCAUAUUUGUCUUUUUCUCUAGCGGGCGCGCAUGGUAUUCAACGGAAGAACAAGGAAAUCAAUGGGAAUGAAAGCGGGAUUUCUAGCAUACUGGGCAGGUUUGGCGCGAGUUGUUGGGAAUGAAUAUGAGGGCGUUGUCAUUGUGUUUAUGAUACCAAAGCAGUCAGGAAUUAAAAAAGACAUUUCCAGUCAAGC